AUGUAUCCCCAGCCAUGCACCAGAAAGCUGGCCAUCAAAGGAAGAGAGGUUGGGUCAAGCACCCACCCUGCCAAAGCUACUCCAUCUACAUUCAUCGCCCAGAAUUACUGUUUGGCCCUGACUUAUCACCUCUCUAUGAUUCCCUUUGAGGAAAUCAAUAUGACCAAACUUCAAGUACUCUGGAUUCAAGAUAACCAGAGUGUUGAAGCCACAUUCAUUCUCUUGGGUUUCUCGGAAUAUCCAGAACUUCAGCUGCCUCUAUUCAUGCUUUUCUUAAUAAUUUACACAGUCACUGUGCUAGGGAACUUGGGUAUGAUCUUGGUUAUCAAGAUUAACCCCAAACUCCACAUCCCAAUGUACUACUUCCUGAGCCAUUUAUCUUUUGUUGAUUUCUGCUAUUCUACAGUUGUGACACCUAAACUAUUAGAAAACUUGGUUGUGGAAGACAGAACUAUCAAGUUUGCAGAAUGUAUCUCUCAAUUUUUCUUUGCAUGUACAUUUGUGGUGACAGAAACAUUUAUGUUGGCUGUGAUGGCCUAUGACCGAUUUGUGGCUGUUUGUAACCCUCUGGUAUAUACAACUCUGAUGUCCCAGAAGCUUUGUACCAUGUUGGUGGGUGUAUCAUAUUCUUGGGGUUUUGUUUGUUCCAUCACUCUUACCUACUUUCUAUUGAAAGCAUCUUAUAGAGGAAAAAAUAUCAUAAAGAAUUUUGUCUGUGAACACUCUGCUAUUGCUUCUCUGUCUUACUCUGACCCCUACAUUAGCCAGAAGCUCCUUUUGAUCCUGGCAACCUUCAAUGAAGUAAGCACACUGGUGGUCAUUCUUACUUCUUAUGCUUUCAUUUUUAUCACAGUCAUGAAGAUGCCUUCAAAAGGGGGCAGGCAGAAAGCGUUUUCUACCUGUGCCUCCCAUCUUACUGCCAUUAGCAUCUUCCAUGGGGCAAUCCUCUUCCUCUACUGUGUUCCCAACUCCAAAAAUACAGGGAUCAUGCUUAAAGUGGGCUCUGUCUUUUACACGGUGGUCAUCCCGAUGCUAAACCCACUGAUCUACAGCCUCAGAAAUAAAGAUGUGAAGGAAACCGUCAGAAAGUUAUUUCAAACUAAAUCAUUCUGUGAUAAAAUAUAA